CUUUUCUCUUUUUUUCUUUCUUUUGUUUCCCCUCAUAUCUUGUUGCUCUUCCCCUUCUUCACUGCGACUUUCCGACCAAGGGUUGCCCCGGGUCUUUUGAUCACUCCCGUGGUUUUCAAGCGAAAAAGUAAAGAGAAGGAUUGGUCCUGUCCACAGCAAUAAGAGAAUAAAGGAACAGAGAAGCUCAACCGAGAUCUCUAGAUCGGGACGCGACAAGGUUUCGAGACGCGCUGAUCGCUUUUGCCACUAACUUCGAUACCAUUCCAAUGGACAACUGCUCCUCUUCCUCCUCCAGCACCCAUUGGAUCGCCCUCCCCAGCAACGUCAACACCCCCACUCGUCAAGAACGCAACUCGGUGUCAAGUCCAAGACGAGUAACAGCCACAACGUUCUUCUCGUCUUCUGUCAAUUCUUCGCCGUGUUCGUUCAUUUCGGCCAUCUCAACCAUCGAAGCAGACAGGGACUAUGGUGCUGCUGUAGAAGAGAGGCAUGAACUUGUCUGCUGUAACCUCCCAUCUUCGUCCUCCACAUUCAUACUGGAAAAUGAGCUGCAAGAGCAAAGCCUGUCGUUGAGAAGAUCAGAGCUCUCUAGUUCGAGAUCAAGAGAUCUGGGAUAUUAUUCCCACACUCAGCUUGGUUAUGAGCAGAGUCAGGCACAAGUAGUGGAUCAGAAUCUUCAUCGUCAUAAUUACCGGUAUCAACAACCACAACCACAACCACAACCACAACAACAACAAAAACAACAACAAAAGCUACAAUGGCAGCAAAAAUCAAAUGAUCGAAAGAAGGGUUUUGGCAACAAUGGAGCUCCUCAGGACCACGCCCAUCCACAAAGUCAUAACCGCAGAUGUGGUUCGGAUCAUGACCUGACUCAACACAGGCAACAAGAGCGGCUGUCAUUUCAGGUCAAGGACAAAGCCAAGUACAGGGAAGAGCAGGUGGCCCCUAUUGUCGACACGCCACUACUCCCAGUGCAGACCAGCUGUCUCACCUGUUUGCCCACGCCCUUGACAUCGGGGUCACCCUCAAAUGCGCCUGCGUCUGUGACUAAUUCCGCUUCUCCGAUCGUACCAUCGCCGUCGUCCUCGUGCAUGUGUUCUGUCGUUGCUUCUUCAAUUGCAGCGCCCUCCGCAGUGUCGCUGGCUCAUCGGCGGCACAGAACUGUCUCGUCUGCAGUUGCAUCACUUGAAUUCGCUUCGGCGUUGUCGAAGGAACAUACGCUCAUGGGGGAUAGUGACCGAUGCGAAGGUGAGGGUAGUCAUACUAUCGCACCGUCUCUGGUGACAUUACCACCGCACUCCUUGUUUCCCUCAUAUCACACCGCUGCCCAAAACAACCACGACCUCGAUUUAAACAAUAAGAACACCACCACCAAUAACGAUUGGGACAAUCCCGUGCUUCAGUCAUCUGUAUCUCUUCCAACCCCAGUUCCAGGGACUGUCCUGAUCUCCUCCUCUUUCGCACAACGCCUUCCGCAACCGCCAGUACAACAGCGAGACUUUGAGGCAGCAGGAGAGCCAUUCACAGCACCUUCGCUGCCAUCUUCUGAGGACACACGCCUUCUCGCCUCUGGAAUUCACUCCUUGCGUCAACAGCAGCUCAUUCAUCAACUUGCCCUGCAACACCAGCAGUACCAGCAGCAACACCUUCAGAACUCGAGCUGUUCAAACACAACAACGUCGUCAUCUGAAUUCCUUCCCUUCACUUCUAACCUCUUGGUUUCAGCACACGAAUUCGUCGACGCCGCUACCCCCUCCACCCGCGAUAUGAAGGCCCCAAGACCAUCCCUCCUCUCUGGAAGCCUCUCCAAUUCCGCAAUCUUGACUUCAUCACCCGAAUACAUGGCUUCGCCCACUGGAUCCUCAUCUUCGUCGCACACACCAUCAUCCUCAUCUGCAUUCCAUUCUCCGUCAAACUCUAUCAUCUGGACAUCGUCCUCCAGAGCUACCGUUCGACGAUCCUCGACAGCCGCAAGCCGCUAUAUUGAGUCGCCUCCGGAGUCCAUGGCCCUUGGUCAAAGUAAGGAUAAGGGCACUGUGAGGGUACGACGUUUCAGCAGACGACGAGUCACCAAGGCAUGCUUUGACGGCCUGCCACGAGAGACCAAGAUCCAUAUUUUUCGUUAUUUGUCCACAUUCCAGCUCGUCCGUGUGUCCAGGGUCAGUCGGUCAUGGAGAGGUAUCGCGAUGGAUGGGUCGCUUUGGAAGGCCAUUGAUACGACCCGGUACUACAAGUCCAUCAAGGAUGACCAGUUGCGCACCCUGGGUACUGCAGCCUCGGGAUUCUUGCGUUACGCCAAUUUUCGCGGCUGCGUACAGCUGACGGCCGCAUCGUUGAGCGCGAUCGCCGAGCACUGUCCAAAUAUCGAGCGCCUGAACCUCACGGGCUGUCGUUCGAUCACAUCUAAUGCCAUCAGCGACGCCUGCAUGAACAUGCCCCUGCUCGUCCACCUUGAUCUCUCGGGCCUGCAGGCUGUCAACAACUUUACGCUCCAAACCAUGGCCGUUUACUGUCGCUCGCUUCAGGUCCUGAACCUAGCAUGGUGCAAGCAAAUCUCUGGAUCUGGACUGACCAAACUCACUAGAAGCUGUCAAGGACUCCGGAAGCUGAACGUGUCGGGCUGUUCUAGCCUCGAGGAUCGAUGGAUGCCUAUGAUGGGCAUGAAUCUGCCGAAACUGAGGGAGCUUUGUUUAAACGGGUGCAGCUCUUUGACGGAUCGGGGGUUGAUCGGUUUACUGUCAGGGUUGUCGACGAAACUCGUCUACCUCGGUCUCUCACAAUGCCGUCUACUCACUCACGAAUCUCUCCGCGCAAUCAGUCAUCUUUGCAGCCGUCACCUCCGCCGCCUCGAACUCUCCAACUGUGAAAACCUCGGCGAUGAAGGGCUUAUCUAUCUUGCCCAACACUGCACGCAUUUACGACUUCUAGAUCUUGAAGAGAUAACCUCGUUGACGGACGUGUCCCUCCGCGCUUUUGCGAUGCAUCUGCCGAAGCUGGAGCGGAUCUGUCUGUCCUAUUGCGAGAAUGUGACCGAUCAGGGCAUCAUCCGCAUGCUGCGCCCAGCACCCAAUACGACGACGCUCUCGACCGCGACGGCGAUGAUGAUGAACUCGGACGCGACUACACAGUACUGUAGGAAGCUGAUGCAUCUGGAGCUGGACAACUGCCUCCUGAUCACAGAUCGCUUGCUGCUGGAGUUUGCGAACGUGCUGGAGGAGCGGUAUGCCAAGGCAGCGGAGCGGAUGAAGGAGCGGGAGAGGAGGCGUGAGGAGCGUAGGGAACGCCUUCGACAGAAGAAACUCUUUGAUUGCCGGAACAUCACCCUCGAAGGCGUCGAAGCCGCCCAGGCACGGAGCUCGACGCUCGCGAUCCGGAGCUACUAUUCCUGGACCCAUCCCUCAACAUCCGGACCAACGACGGACGCGGCGUUCGGAGGCAGUGGCGGGAUGGAGGGCUUGGAUGCUGAAGCGGAUGAGGACGAGGAUGGGGAGGAGAGUGCGAACGGAACAGGCGGGAUGAAUAGCUCACAGACGAGUUUGCAUCAUCUGCAAUUGCAGCAACAGCAUUUGCAGCGCCAACAGCAGUUGUUGAGGAGACAUCGGGCGGCGAAUCUGUUGCACCGUGCUAGGGUUGGGCUUCUGGGCAUCCCAGGUGAUGCAGCUUUUACGGGCGGGGCGAGGAGUGAUGGUCAAUGUGUUAUCUUGUAG